AAUGUUCUGCUUUUGUAUUAGACAAAUUAAUGUAACAUAAAUUAUACGAGUAAAAUCUUUUCUGGAUCUUGAUUUCCUUAUCCAGUUCCUUCAUUCCAUGAUUUAUUUGACCCCUCUGUGCUUUUUGAUAUUGCGAUUGCCCGACUUAAUCUAUUCAAAGAAUGCCGCGUGUAUACCUUUCUGAUCCACGCUGUGGCCGUCGAUGGCCAUGCUAUUACUUGGCCCUUCUGAAUAGCAAACGGAGGAAACUAAUAGGAGUUGCGCCAUAGUGUGGCUAUGGUGUGACGCAACGGGCUAUUGUGAAAUACGCAUAUCUGACAGCCUUGCUAUUAAAUUCUUGGAAUGAAUAGCAAGAGCUCACACGCGAUCACGCAUACAAAUCGUCAGUUCGAUAAACGUUGGGAAGAGAGUAGAGACCUUUUCAGAUACAAAAUGAAUCAAGUAGCGUCAGGUGGUGUACGAUGGGGUGUUUCAACUGUCUUUUCCCUCAUAUCUAUGCAAGGAGGUAAAUUAACUCAUGAACAGCGCCUUCGUCUUAAAAAAGACGGACGCCCAUGCCCCGAUGUUAAAGUUAAAAGUCGUUCGUGUGAAGCUGUGUAUAGAGGUUUUUCUUGGAUAUGUGGUGAUUCAGAGAAGAAUACAUAUUUCUGCUGGCCAUGUUUAGUCAUGGGAGAUCAUUUGAAGAUGAAGGCUUGCUUCGUGCAACCAACUGGAUUUGCAUCUGAUGGCAGGAAUUUGUCGAAUGUUGCUAACAGGCACCAAGAAUCAAAAAGUCACAUGACAUGUCACGCUUCGUACAAGCUUUUAGGGAAUGUGGAUGUGGCCAGUGCACUUGAUGAAGCAAGACAGAGAGAAAUUCUGAGACAUAAUGAAAAUGCAUCAAGAUAUUCAAAGAUGAUGAAGCACCAUAUUGAUGUUGCAGUCUACUUGUCUGCCCAAGGACUCGCUUUCCGGGGGCAUUCUGAAGACAAAUUCUCUCCAAACAGGGGAAAUUUCAUUGAAUUGAUGGACUUGUUAGGGAACUACAGUCAAGAGUUGCGAGUUUUCCUAGACAAGGAACGGAUAAGUUACACCUCCCACGACCCACAAAACGAAUUGAUCAAAUGCAUUUUCCAAGAAGUCCAGAAUGAAAUUCGAAAUCGAGUAAGUGCUUCCAGAUGUUUAUCCGUAAUGAUGGAUGACACCAGUGACUUGAGCAACACGGAGCAGUCGGCUGUUUCAGUGAGACUUAUUCAUGAUGGGAAUGUCGAAGAACAUUUGCUUGGCCUCACAGAUGCAUCUGACGAUCAAUCUGCUGAUGGGCUUACAAAGAUCAUGAUAAAAAUAUUAGGGAGCUACAAUGUUACUCCUGAGACAGGAAAGAGAAAGCUGAUUGGACAAUCAUAUGAUGGUGCGGCGACAAUGAGUGGCGAGCUCAAUGGUGUGCAAAAGAGAAUGCGAGAUUACUUUCCACUUGCCUACUACAACCAUUGCGUUGCACACAGGAUGUCACUUUGUGCGUCGCAGUCAUCGAUGAAAAUCCCAGAAGUGGCUAAAUUCUUUGGAAUAUUAGACAAGCUGAUAACGUUUUUCCGAAGCAGUCCCAAGCGAACGCGAUACCUUGGAUAUAAUCUUCCAAAGCCUGGUGAUACAAGGUGGCUUUCUCGAGACACGGCCAUUACUGCAAUCGAUUCGUGCUACGAGACAAUCGGCACAGUCUUAUACCAGAUGUCUUCGAAUGGGAGAGAGAAAGUCGACACCCAAACGACAGCCAGAGGUCUUCUUGCCAACAUCCAAAAUGUUGACUUUCUAUGUUUACUGAAGUUGUACAGGAAGAUCUUUGAGCAUUGCACGCCAAUUAUCACCGUUAUGCAGAAGCCAACAUUGGAUGCUGUUCAGCUGAGAUCUAUGCUCGACGACUUCCAACGUUUUCUUGCUGCACUAAGCUUUGAAGACAUUUGGCAAAUUACACUCGAUGCGGACCCAAGUUCCCCGUAG